UAGACUCCCUCCAGACAAUCCGAGACACAGACGCCGCCAGACCGAGACCAGACUAGCCAGCAAGCCAGUCUGUGUGGAUGUCAGCCGCGAGAGGCAGCAGAUGACCACAAGCGGCUGGGCGGACCAAAUUUGCCUAAUAUUCGCUUAUCUCGGCAUCACAGGGGACUCAUAUUGUGUGCGUGGGUGCGUGUGCUGAGUGGUAUCGGUGUAGUGUUGUGAAGUGCGGGGUGUGGUGUGCGUGGCGCCGCUAAACUCCUUAUUGAUGAAAUGGCCACUGGGGGCGAGGUGAUGGCAGCGACCCGCGGCAGAUAUGCAUCACCUUGACUAAAAAUCAGAGCUCGCUACCAGCCAUAGCAUGCAUACUCCAGAAUCGGGGGAUGGUCUGUUUCAAGACUUGAGUGUAUACGAAAAAGAACCCAGAGUUGGAGGACUGAAACACAGUCCUUGCCCCAUUGGAAAGAAGAAGACACACACCGUAAAGAGGCAGCACAGUAGUCGCAGGACCUCGUGGAAGAAGAGUGGUAAAGGUGACUAUCUGGAGGACAGCCAGGAGGACGACGACCUGCCUGUUGAAAGUUUCCUUUCCUACAUUGAGAUAAAAGAGGAACCUGUAGAUGCCAGCUUAAUAAAUGAUAAUGGUGCAAUGUCCUCUAUGCAGGAAGACUCUCUCACAUCCAAUGAGAAUGGCAGCACUGACUCAGUAUACAGCUACGAAAACAGAGUUGCCAUGGAGCUACUGUACAAUGCAGUGAGCGAUGAACAGAUGCAGUUGAAGUCUUCCCGUGCAGCAGCAGCACAGAGAGCAAGACGACGAAAGCAACUCAAGAAAAUGACUGAAGAAGAGAUUAAAGCAAGGCGUGCAGCAGCAGCCAGGGCUCAGAGAAAAAACAGGCAGAAACGACUGGAAAUGAUGACAGAAGACCAAAGAGCAGCCUACAGAUCUGCUGUAGCUACUGCUCAGAGAAUGCGGCGUCACUUGCGCCUAGAAAAGAUGACAGAGGAAGAGAGGCGUUCAGAGAGAGCACUGCAGAGUUCUUUGGCUGCCAAACGUAGACGUGAGCGGGAAGAAAAGAUGACCAAGGAAGAGCUCCAAGCCCGACGAGCAGCAGCAGCAGCCAUGCAAAGAAGAAAACGGCAGAUGAAGCGAGAACAAAUGUCUGAAGAAGAACUGCGAGAGCGGCGUGCAUCUGAGGCAGCUGUGAGGCGUCAGAGACGGCAGGCCUCCACCAAGGAAGAGGAAGGAGAGGCUGAAAGCCCAGGUGAAUCAGCCAAGAGAGGACGCCGACACCGCCAGAAAGAAUAUUCAGAGAAGGGCGAGGAGUUCCAGCCGCAAGGACAGACAACUGGGGUGGUGCAGCACGACUACUAUCACUACAGGAAGGAAUACGGGGUGGAGGGCCAGCCGCCUCCCAACAUGGAAGGAGAUCCUACUCCUGAAAAUUUAAUGGUGCAAAUCCUGAUGCAAGCCCAGAAUGCCGCUGCCCACCAGUCAUAUCAAGAUGACCGCAUGAAGAUGGAAACACCAGGACACCACUACCCAACACCCAACCAGCUGGUGGAGGCACACCACAUUGCAGCAUCUUAUGCAAUGGGACAAGCCUACCAGGAGAUGCCACAGAAUGACAGGAAGGACAUGAUGUAUUAACCAUGUUUCUCUGUUAAAUAUACAAAUAACAGCAGAUCUUGCAUGGUGCUGGGUACUGCCAGUAGAACACAUUCAUAGUAUUCUCUCCUUAGUAACCAUAGACUAAUACCUUAGCAAGUAUCCUGGAUGAUGCCAACUGUGACCCAUCAGACAAAAUUUACAUGCUAAAAUGUAAGGCGUAAGCAAAUAUAGUUUGACGAUCAGUCAAGACCCCAUAGAACAACAGUGUACAGUGACUAUAGCAACAGCUGCAUAGAUAUUUUCGCAGAUUCCAUACUGAUCAAGAUAUGAAAACUUACUAAGUGAACAAACAGCAGAAAAUUGCAGAACACUUUAUUGUGUAUCACUUAGGAAUUAUUGUGUGCAGUUUUAACAAAUGUUUAAUUUAUGAAAUAUUUAUAGAUAAAUUGAAAAUAAGCAUAAAAAGAGUUAGCUAGAGGAGGAAAUCAUCACCAAGUUUAAGCAAAGAAAAAGCCUCAUGAAAACCACUUGAUAUGUUACUACAUUGUACAAUGUUUCUAUCUUUAGCUGAAGUUGAAUGUGUAUCAAUUGGUAUAUGCCAUUUUCCCCUCAGAUUAUUUUAUUGAGGUAUAUGUGGCAUCAGUCAAACCUUCUCAAUAGUUCUUUUAAGAUUUUAUUUACAUGUUGAAUGAUCAGAGCAAAGUGACAUGCAUACUCAAUUUACAUUGUAUUAUAUACAUGUAUGUUGGCAGGUCGCUUUACUGACAAGAACACAAAUGCAUAAGUGAAAAAUGUCCCUUAGUGCAAAAUUUCAUACCACUGGCUCAGUAAAGUUUGGUUCCCUGGGAUAAGUUCACUGCUACUGUAGAGUACCAGUAUAUUUAUUUUUUAUUGUUGUAUGUAAUAUUAAGAAUGAUAUUUGUUAAUGAUAUAGGCUGUCGCUGUUUUUUAGUUAUAUUCAAUGACUUCAGAUAAUUGGAUAUGUAAAAUCAGCUCUUAAUCUAGUGCAGAUAUUGAAUAAACCUAAAGUAUUGUGAUAGACAAUGCAUGAUAACAUAUUUUGAAGGUCAUGUCAUGGACCACACAAGAUGUAGAUGUCCAUUUUCAUAUGUAAGAUUGAAAUCAUUUGUUAUUGUUUGGUUUCAACAAUAAAUACAUGUUUUGUAAGUUAGUUGAGAAAUUCUAAAAUGUAUCAUGCCCAAGGUGACAUGUCAUAUGAUGAAAAGAAAUUAUAUCAGCAUUGCACAAAUUUAAACAUUAUUGUAUUCAAAAACAUAAACCACUUCAUUAUCAGAGGGGAAGUCAUGAACAAGAAUGUGAUGGCAUUAUAUGAGAUGCUUAUAUUAUUGGUGCUGUGUGACAAUGUUAAGUGUGAAUGUUAAAACAACAGUGUCUACCCUUGUCAGUAUGAUAGCAAGUUUUUUUUGUUAAUUAGUUAUGAAUAGUGAUAGAAGAAAAUAUGUUGUGUACAGAGAACUAAUGUUUCUCCCCAAGCACAAAAAAUUAUGACAAAGGAAUUCAGUAUAUACUAUUGUUAUCUCAACCCUCUUGUACACCAUAAUUUUGAAAAGUUUUCAGUUGAUCUUUGCAAUUAUUGAAGAUAGGAAUCUGCAGUGACAUUUUUUCGUAUUUAUUUAUUUAUUUUAUUCAAUUUGUGAAUGUGCAGUGACACUUUUUAUUUAUUUAUUUAUUUAUUUAUUUAUUUAUUUAUUUAUUUUCAAUUUUUAUUUAAUGAAAUUAUUUUGUACCUGAGACAUUAUUAUGACUGGCUAAACAAUAACUUUGAUUCAAGUUCCUUAUUAGGGAACUUGGCCACACUUAGACUGGUGAAGUAACUGGAGAAAAUGUGGAACUUUCCACAUUCCACUUCUGACCUGGCUGAAGCUUGAGAGGAAAGACAUACAUUACAAGAUAUUGUUUUGUUACAGAAAGAAUAAAUGCAGUUGUAUGGAUUGUUUACCUGUUUGUACCAUUUUUAAUGUUAAAAAUGUAAGAUAAAUUCAAAUCUAUGUAGAAAGAAUGUUACAGGAACAGUAAGUUAAUUUUUUAAACUUUUGGCUGUUGGUGUUUGAUGUAGUUCUACAACCAGCCAGAUUGCAUAGCUGUAAGCUGGCUAUUUGCAGUAAUUACUGGUUAGCAUCACUGUCACUGACUGAUGCUAUAGAAUAUUAAAAAUUAGUGGCAUGUUUUCAUAAUGAUUAAAUUUAAUCAAUUUUGGCAUCAUGACAUUUCAAUAGUUAUAUUCCAAACUGCAGUAACAAUUUGCUGAAACAUGGACAGUUUUUCAAUGAAGGUUUUUAUAGUUAAAUCUUGUUUGGCUUAUCUAGACUGUUAUGACUUGAGACUGGACUGCAUGACGAGGUUCAAUUUGACCAAGCCUAACUAGUAUGUUGGGACUGGCUUGUGAUGAUAUAAAUGAUAAUCUACUUAUUAAGGAUAAAUUCCUCAUCUGUCAGGAAAGUAAAACUAGGAAGAUCACAAAUAAUGGCUUGUAGACUGGGCAAAAUGUGACUUGUACCAUAGGUUAUGUCAACAUAUCCAGUUUUAUUGCAAAAGAAUGGCAACUGAAAGCUAAUUUUACUUGAUUUUGAAUCAAACAAAAUUUGUGUUGUUGCAACCAGUUUUUUUUCCAAGGUAGAAACAUAGCUCUGUACACCAAAUGAGAAGGAAAUUUCUCUUAUUUCUUAUCAUAUCAGUUAUAAUUUUUCCAAAAAGAGUAAGACAAAAAUUGUCAUUUUCAGGUUAUCUCUCAGAUAUCAGUAUGUAGACUUUUGCAAAACUUAUUAUUUGUACAAUGUGUUAGACCAAUAAAUUUUUAGGAGUAGCAUGUUAUAGUUCACAGCAUUUUCAGGUUGGAUUUUAUCCUUUAGAGAAAAGCAUGCCUAUGCCUGUGUGUAUUGUGACUUCAGGUGCUCUGUCUCUGUAUGAACACUUAAAUCAGCAAUAAGAUUGUAGAUGAGUAACAUAGCAUUCAAGUAAGGCUACAAUUUAACCAGUUAAUAGGUCAUAAAACUUUUUAUUACAAUUUUAUAUGUGAA